ACGUCAAAAUACCCUGACUUUUUUCCAGCCUAGUUCCAGCACGACUUUUUCCCAUCUACACCUAUCGCGUGCACCGUGUUCCCCAAAAAUACAGGAGAGAGAAUCUACCUCGUGCUGCGCGCGUGUGUGAUAUCUGCAAGGAGAAACUCCCUUUUCGACGAAUUUUCACAACGAUUGCACGUCCCUUCCUCGAAAACAGCAAACUCAGCCGUUAAGUUCGUCGACUCGAUCAACCGAUAAUCUCAACGCGAGAAAAAUCAAGCUUCCAGAGCAGAGAUAAAAUGACGGGAAUGGACGGAAGACGCGGCAAUCGCCAAGCUUACAAGGAUAAGAGCAAGCCCACGGAUAUUCGUUUCAGCAACAUCAAUGCGGCUAAAGCUGUCAGCUAUGCCAUCAGAACCAGUUUGGGACCCAGGGGAAUGGACAAAAUGAUCCAGGCUGGCAAUGGCGAGGUCACGAUCACAAAUGAUGGAGCAACUAUCCUGAAGGAGAUGAAUGUUAUCCACCCAGCUGCAAAAAUGUUGGUAGAGUUGUCCAGAGCACAGGAUAUUGAAGCUGGUGAUGGAACCACUAGUGUUGUCGUUAUUGCUGGAGCACUUUUGGAAGCCGUGGAACGUCUGCUCCAGAAGGAUAUCCAUCCUACUUUGAUCAGCGAUGCUUUCCAGAAGGCCUCUGCAAAAGCUGUCGAAGUUUUGAUUUCUAUGUCCAAAGCUAUUGACAUGACAAACAGAAGUGUACUAGUCAUGACAGCGGCCACUUCUCUCAAUUCUAAGGUUGUCUCACAGCACUCCAGUCUUCUUGCUCCAAUUGCUGUGGAUGCUGUUCUGAAAGUGACUGAGCCUGGCAAAGAACAAGCUGUUGAUCUGAAGGACAUCAAGGUAAUCAGGAAGUUGGGUGGCACAGUCGAAGACACAGAACUUAUUGAUGGAAUAGUAUUCACACAGAAGUCCUGCAACAUUAACGGACCAAAACGUAUUGAGAAGGCGAAAAUCGGUCUCAUUCAGUUCUGCAUUUCUCCGCCAAAAACUGACAUGGACCACAAUGUCAUUGUCUCUGACUACGCGGCCAUGGACCGUGUACUGAAAGAAGAGAGGGCCUACAUCCUCAAUAUCGUGAAACAAAUCAAAAAGGCUGGCUGCAACGUUCUCCUUGUGCAGAAGUCGAUCCUCCGUGACGCUGUUAGUGAUUUGGCAAUUCAUUUCCUAGACAAAAUCAAGUGCAUGGUCAUCAAGGACAUUGAGAGGGAAGAUAUCCCCUUUAUCUGCAAAUCUCUCGGCUGCCGUCCAAUUGCUUCUCUAGAUCACUUCGUGGCUGAAAAUCUUGUCAAUGCUGAACUUUGCGAAGAAAUCCAAACCGGAAGCUCCAAAUUCGUUAAGAUCACGGGAGCGCAGAACCAAGGAAAGACAGUAACUAUCGUUGUGCGUGGUAGCAACAAACUCGUCCUCGAAGAGGCUGAGAGAUCUCUUCACGAUGCGCUGUGCGUCAUUCGUUGUCUGGUUAAACAAAAUGCCAUUCUGUCCGGUGGCGGUGCUCCGGAAAUCCAGAUGUCCAUGCAGCUUGGAGCUUACUCGAGAACUUUGACGGGUGUAGACUCGUACUGUAUGAGGGCGUAUGCUAAUGCUCUUGAGGUGAUUCCAUCUACGUUGGCUGAGAACGCAGGGCUGAACCCGAUCGCCACGGUGACAGAGCUUAGGAAGCGUCACGCUAAUGGUGAGACCGGUACCGGUAUCAAUGUACGUAAAGGUACGAUCACACGGAUGUUUGAGGAGGACGUCGUGCAACCGCUGCUAGUAUCAGUGAGCGCGAUUACUCUUGCCACUGAAACCGUGCGCAGUAUCCUCAAAAUCGACGACAUCGUCAACACGAUGCAGUAGACGAGCGGAUACUCAAUUUUUGUAUGAUGAGAGAAAACUGAGAAGUAUUUACGACACAUGCUUUUUCAAGUCAGACACAUGUAACUUUUUUUAACGAGAAAUCGCUUAAGAAAUCCCAAGUCGGAGAUGUUUAAAGAGCAGUCGAAUUUGCUGAGAGUGAAGCAAAAGGUUUUCGUCAAAUUUCAUUUGGGAUUUUUAUAGAUGCAGUACACAUUACACACACAUACGCGCCCGUCAUUUUUUUAAAGAACAAAAUAUGUAUGCCGCAGCAAUGAUGAGACCAUUGAGGUGAGAUCGUUGAAUUUUUGUAUUGAGCCUUGUACGGUGAGAUUGAAGAAUUAAAUAAUCGAAAAUCUAUAUCACAAAA